AUGUACCAGAAGUCAGAACUAAUUAGAGAUCAGAUCCUUCGAAGUGCAGAAGAUCCAUAUGAAUGCAAUGAGCACAGAAAAGCCUUUAACCAAGAAGUAUCGCUAAUUGGGCCACAGAGACUCAACACAAAAAAAUCUUAUGAAUGUAAGGAGUGUGGAAAAAAGUUUCCUCGUAAGUCAAGCCUAAUGAUACAUGAGAGGGUCCACACAGGAGAGAAACCUUAUGAAUGUAGGGAGUAUGGAAAAGGUUUUUCUUGUAAGUCAAACAUGACUGCGCAUCACAGAAUGCACACUAGGGGAAAACCUUAUGAAUGUAUUGAGUGUGGGAAAUGCUUUUCUUAUAAGCAACACCUCAUUGCACAUCAGAGAAUUCACACUGUGGGAAACCCUUAUGAAUGUAGUGAGUGUGGAAAAGCUUUUCUUCAUAAGUCAAGCAUGGUCAUACAUCAGAGAAUGCACACUGGGCAAAAACCUUAUGAAUGUAGUGAGUGUGGAAAAGAUUUUAUUCGUAAGUCAAACCUCAUUGUGCACCAGAGAAUCCACACUGGGGUGAAACCUUAUGAAUGUAGUGAGUGUGGAAAAGCUUUUUCUCAGAAGUCAAGCAUUAGAUCACAUCAGAGGAUCCACACUGGGGAAAAACCUUAUGAAUGUAGUGAGUGUGGAAAAGAUUUUAUUCGUAAGUCAAACCUCAUUGUGCAUCAGAGGAUCCACACAGGUGAAAAACCUUAUGAAUGCAGUGAGUGUGGAAAAUCUUUUUCUGAUAAGUCAAGCAUUAGAUCACAUCAGAGAAUCCACACAGGGGAAAAACCUUAUGAAUGUAUUGAGUGUGGGAAAUGCUUUCUUUGUAAGUCACACCAAAUUAGACAUCAGAGAAUCCAUACUGGGGAAAAACCUUAUGAAUGUAGUGAGUGUGGAAAAGAUUUUAUUCGUAAGUCACACCUCAUUGUGCAUCAGAGAAUCCACACUGGGGAAAAACCUUAUGAAUGUAGUGAGUGUGGCAAAGCUUUUCUUCAUAAGUCAAGCAUGAUCAUACAUCAGAGAAUGCACACUGGGGAAAAACCUUAUGAAUGUAGUGAGUGUGGAAAAGCUUUUUCUCAUAAGUCAAGAUUAAUCAUACAUGAGAGGGUCCACACAGGGGAGAAACCUUAUGAAUGUAGGGAGUGUGGAAAAGCUUUUUCUCGUAAGUCAAACAUGACCGCACAUCACAGAAUGCACACUGGGGAAAAACCUUAUGAAUGUAGUGAGUGUGGAAAAGAUUUUAUUCGUAAGUCAAGCCUCAUUGUGCAUCAGAGGAUCCACACAGGUGAAAAACCUUAUGAAUGCAGUGAGUGUGGAAAAUCUUUUUCUGAUAAGUCAAGCAUUAGAUCACAUCAGAGAAUCCACACUGGGGUAAAACCUUAUGAAUGUAGUGAGUGUGGAAAAUCUUUUUCUUAUAAGUCAAGCAUUAGAUCACAUCAGAGAAUCCACACUGGGGUAAACCUUAUGAAUGUAGUGAGUGUGGAAAAGAUUUUAUUCGUAAGUCACACCUCAUUGUGCAUCAGAGAAUCCACACUGGGGAAAAACCUUAUGAAUGUAGUGAGUGUGGAAAAUCUUUUUAUGAUAAGUCAAGCAUGAUGAUACAUCAGAGAAUGCACACUGGGGAAAAACCUUAUGAAUGUAGUGAGUGUGGGAAAGUUUCCUUGUAAGUCACACCUCAUUAGACAUCAGAGAAUCCACACUGGGGUGAAACCUUAUGAAUGCAGUGAGUGUGGAAAAGCUUUUUCUCAGAUAUCAAACAUUAGAUCACAUCAGAGAAUCCACACUGGGGUAAAACCUUAUGAAUGUAGUGAGUGUGGAAAAGUUUUUAUUCUCAAGUCAUACCUCGUUAGACAUCAGAGAAUGCACACAGGGGAAAAGCCUCAUGAAUGUAGUGAGUGUGGAAAAGCUUUUCUUCAUAAAUCAAACCUCAUUGUGCAUCAGAGAAUCCACACUGGGGAAAAGCCUUAUGAAUGUAGUGAGUGUGGAAAAUCUUUUUAUGAUAAGUCACGCAUGAUGAUACAUCAGAGAAUACACACAGGUGAAAAACCUUAUGAAUGUAGUGAGUGUGGAAAAGCUUUUUCUCAGAAGUCACACCUAAUCACACAUCAGAGGGUCCACACAGGGGAGAAACCUUAA